UUUAAAUUGUAUGUCGUCGUCCACCACGCUGCCAAGUAAAUUACAUUACUCUUUUCAGGGAGAACCUUCAAACCCUGAACUUCGGGAAAUUGAUAGAAGAUCCUCUUCUUAUAGUUCUCUUAACACACAGGGUGAAACGUCCGACUUGAAAGUCCCUGUGAAAAAGAUUAUAAAGCAGGAAAUUAAAGACGCAAUGGAUAUAGCUGAAAUGGCUAACAAGAGCGUGAAAGGGAAUAUCAUGACAGCGGAGCUUGCACUUCAAAGGGAGCUUGCAUACCAGAAGAAGAUUGAGUGGAUGUAGUUGCAAGCAAGUUAUGAUUUUGUGGAGCUACCAGUUGCUGACCAGGAGACAUUCUGAUCGUAAACCUUCGGAAAUGAAUGCGACGCCCCGUUCUGGCAAAUUUCCUUGCUUUAAAGAUCAAGCGACUACUGAGAAGGUGAUGUGGAAAACAAUGUCGGUGGAGCUUGCUCUUCGAAGGGAAAUUGAAUACCAAGCAAAGAUUAAAAGGUUGAAGUUGCAAGCGGAUAGUGAUUUUCGCGAAGCUCCCCAUCCUACCAUCCAGGGAACAACUUCACAUUUGGAGCUUAGCGAAAUGAAUAGAGAAUCCUGUUUUGAGAAUGGUUCAAGCUUGCAAGGUAGGAUUCAGAACCCAGUAUUCUUUCUAGGGGAGGUUCAAUGUGAGAGAUCUCAACAAGAAAUAACCAGAAGGGAGAUGUCCAACGAGAGAUACAGGACCACCACCAUACCGACGAAGUUAGGAAUCCAAAGGGAGCUGGAAUGGAAAAUGCAGAAUUUGCAGUCUGGUUUUAAGUUUCAGGAACGGCCUGUCCUGUCGCAGAAUACUGCCCAGGUGAAUGAAAUGGCCGCGUUUAUGAAUCUGGGAUACCCGUUACCACGAAAAGAGAAACAACAAUACGAUCAGAAAAACCCUCUAUACUGCAAGGCCUGCAAGGUGUUGUGCUCAGGUGUGAAAGCUCUAAGGAUGCACCUCAGAGGUAGAAGACAUGGGAGAGAAUUAGUGUGUGAGGUAUGUGUAGUACCAUGUACAGACGAAAACUCUCUUCGGCGACAUCUUUCUGGGCAGAAGCAUGUUGCUAAUGUUGAAAAAUUCGCUGAAGCAAAGGCGGCUCGUAGACAUUUUCUAUAAGUUGAACACAGGUGCGAGUUGGUGUUCUGUUCUCUGAAUGAUGUAUGUUCUGGAAAAUACUGACCAAGAAAAGAAAAUACUGCUAAAAUCCAGAUGGAGCAAAAAUUUACAGACAAAGUUGUGGUUCAAAAUUUUAGCAUUUUGCUAAUAAAUUUCUGUUUAUCAUAUGUAAUAUAUGUUACAUUUCGAUUGAUGUUUAUGUUUCUUGAGUUGACGAUCAGUUGUAUCCCAU